AUGGGCAGCUCUUUGUCUACUCCCCAACAGAAAUUUUUAAAAGACUUAAAAUUUCUCCUCUCCUCCAACAAAUUGGAAGUUCCGGAGGGUGAUUUAAUACAGCUCAUUCUGGCCAUCGAAGAGCAUUCCCCCUGGUUUCCUGCAGAUGGGACUUGGGAAUUAAAACUUUGGGACAAGAUCGGGGAACAUUUUCAUGGGCACCCCAGCAUAGGUGUUCGGAUUCUAAAUGCAUGGUGCAAGGUUCGUUACGCCAUGGGCUCUUUAUCACCAAAAAAUAUCUCCAUGGCUGCAUUGCCAACACAACCUCCAGCUUCUUUAAUUCAGCCUGCUGUGCUGCCAUCUGUUCCAAUACCUGCUUUGCCAGCAGCUCCAGACCCCAAACCUCCGGACUACAGUUCCUCACCAGAGGACCCAAUCCUGCAAAAAUACCGUGGUCUGGCUGGCAAUGAUCCUGCUCUUUCAGCGGCAGAACCAGAACCAGAACCUUUUCAACGUGCAGUCCUUGCCUGUUCCUUAAUUCAGGAUACUAUGGCAUUCCCUGUUAUUGUGCCCCCUGCUGGUGCCCCGGCAGGCACCCAAGCCCAACACCAACCUUUUGACUUUAAGAUUUUGAAAGAGCUGCAACAGUCAGUAAAGGCCAAUGGACUCCAAGCCCCAUAUACGCAGGCGCUUUUAGAAGCCACAUUAGCCCAGCUCUUGGUUCCAGAGGACAUCAAGCUUUUGGCCCAUACAGUGUUACCCCCAUCAGCUGGUGUUUUGUUUGCCCACGAAUGGGAAACUGCCUGCCGUGCUUAUGCUCCAGCCUUGUUACAACAAGUCAGAGGAAAUAAUCCAAAUGUUACCCUCGCAGACGUCACAGAUGCCAUGAUGGGGCGUGGUCCCUUCGCUCAAGCUUCAGUGCAAGCCACACUGCUGCAAAUCUUAUUGAGGGACACUGCUCUUGCUGCUAAACAAGCAAUGAGAAAAAUCCCAGAACCCACCAGUAUUCAGUCAAGGUGGGGUUCGAUCAGGCCAGAGGCAAGAGAAUCAUAUUCUUCCUUUAUGGACAGGCUGCUUACAGCAGUGAGUCGCCAAAUUGAAAAUCCUGAAGCCAAACAAAUAAUUAUCAAACAAUUGGCCUUUGAAAAUGCCAAUGAGGAUUGUAAACUUGCGUUACGACCGAUAAUACACAAUCCUGACACAGACACAGCAGCCAUGCUUCGCAUUUGUCAGUCUGUCGGUACAGCCAGCCACAAGGCUUAUCUGCUGGCAGCAGCGCUAAAUGAAAACCAGCCUGUAGCCACCGAUACAACUUGUUUCCAGUGUGGCAAACCAGGAUCACCGAUACCCCAGUGGGGGUGGAACAGUGGCCUCUACCAAAAGAAAAAUCCGCAGCAAGCGGCACCAGCUUAG